UGCAAGAACAAAAGUCGAAACUAAAAGAAAGAUUGGGCAAGAUUUAAUAAUGUAACUUUGGCUUCCUCCUUUAGAAAAUUCCUCAGUGGAUUUGGCACAAUGCAGACAGUGGAUUUCCAACAUCGAAUACUUAACUCUUGUGUUAGUGGCUUUCACAGGGUACGCCACAAAAUAUGUUUGUGGAUUUAGGCAAGUGAUUUUGAAUCCACUGCAUCUCUUUUCUCUUUUUCACUGUACAUUUUCCAUGCAACUUUAGAUGUCACUAAAACACACUCCAUGAUCUGGUUGAGGAUCCUUGUAACUUGGCAUGCUACCUGCUCCCGUAUAAUUUGCCCUUAAGGCUAUAAAUAAGCAGAAUAAGUGAUUUCGAGUUAGCAAAAGUCCUGCAGGCAGGCUAAAUAAAAAUGGAGAAAACAAAUGGCAUUCAAGGAAGAGGAAUUCAAAAUGCAUCUUCUCUUGAAGAAACUAAACCAAAGAUCAAAGCUAACGAAGAAGGAAAUGAUGAAAAGAAGGAAGACAACACAUGUUUCCAAGAUAGUGCCUCACCCCAGAAGCCAACAUGGAAAAGGUUCAUGGCCUAUGUUGGACCUGGAUUUCUCGUCUCUAUGGCUUAUAUUGACCCUGGAAACUUGGAAACUGACCUGCAAGCAGGAGCUGAUCACAAAUACCAGCUUCUAUGGGUCAUACUGAUCGGGCUGUUAUUUGCUUUGAUAAUUCAAUCUUUAGCCGCAAAUCUUGGAGUCGUAACAGGAAAGCACUUAGCUGAACUGUGCAAAGUGGAGUACCCAAAUCAUGUCAACUUUUGUCUAUGGUUGCUUGCAGAAGCAGCUGUGAUUGCUUCUGACAUCCCUGAAGUGAUAGGAACAGCCUUUGCUCUCAAUAUACUGUUUCAUGUUCCAUUGUGGGCUGGGGUUCUAAUCACAGGAUUGAGCACACUAUUAUUGCUUGGACUUCAGAAAUAUGGGGUUCAGAAGCUUGAAAGACUAAUAACUAUUUUAGUGCUUGUCAUGGCUGCUUGCUACAUUGGAGAGCUGAGCUAUGUGAGCCCCCCUGCAAAUGAGGUGGUCAAGGGGCUCUUUGUGCCUAGUCUGAAGGGCAGUGGUGCCACUGGAGAUGCUAUAGCACUCUUGGGAGCUCUUAUCAUGCCGCACAAUUUGUUCUUGCAUUCAGCUUUGGUGUUAUCCAGGAAGACACCACCGUCGAUCAAAGGAGUCAAUGAUGCUUGCAGAUACUUUCUCGUGGAGAGUGGAUUUGCAUUAUCAAUAGCAUUGCUCAUCAACAUCAGCAUUGUUGCUGUCUCUGGCACUGUUUGUGCUGCUAACGACUUGUCUCAGCAGGACUCUGAUAGAUGCGAUGAUCUUACACUUCAUUCUGCAUCAUUUCUGUUGAAGGAUGUCCUUGGAAAGUCUAGUUCAACUGUUUAUGCCAUUGCAUUAUUAGCCUCUGGACAGAGCUCUGCAAUAACUGGUACAUACGCUGGGCAAUACAUCAUGCAGGGUUUUCUAAACAUGAAGAUGAAAAAAUGGUUGAGGAAUCUCAUGACUCGAUCAAUCGCAAUCACUCCAAGUCUCAUCGUCUCCAUCAUCAGUGGUUCCUCAGGAGCUGGACGACUCAUCAUAAUCUCAUCGAUGGUACUAUCAUUUGAGUUGCCAUUUGCACUCUUACCUCUUCUCAAAUUCAGCAGCAGUCAAACAAAAAUGGGACCUCAUAAAAGCUCAAUAUAUAUCAUUGUGGUGUCAUGGAUUCUUGGUUGGCUUCUAGUAGCAAUCAACAUCUACUUCUUAAGCACGAGCUUUGUCAGUUGGCUUAUUGAUAGCAGUCUACCAACAGUUGCUAAUGUUCUCAUCAGUAUCAUUGUUUUCCCUCUCAUGGCAGUGUACACUCUUACUGUCAUCUACUUAACCUUCAGGAAGGAGACUGAAGUUACAUUCGUCGACUCAUUGGAUUCUUCACAUGUUAACAUAGAGAGUGGUGGUUCAUUUCAAGUUGAUGGAAUGAGUAGAUCUGAAGUUGCACCCGUCAGAGAGGAUUGUGUAGAUAUCCCCCUCCAUGAUUAGAUAAGGUUCCCAUUUACUUGGAUGGAAGAUAUGAUAUUCCACUGUGUACUUUCCCUUAUCUCUUGACAUGACUCCCUCUUGAAAAUUGGUGUUUUGUGGAUUACCAUAUGACUCUUAGAUUUAAGGAGACUUACUUGUAGCCUAAACAUCGCUCCAAACUCAUGCAAUGUAUAUUUGUAUUUUUUACUUUUAGAUUCUUUAGAUUGUGGUGUGAUACAGUGAUAAAGGGGAGUCCACUAAGUACGGGUCAAAAGAUGGAGAUAGUACUGUUGAUAUAAGAUAUGGUCAACAGGCGGAUCGUACAACGGAAGCUUAUACUGUCUUGUUAGGGAUAUACAUGCCCUGUUAAGGUAUGGUAGGUAUAGGAUAAAUAAGAGAACAUGCUCAUGCCUCGAGGAGUGUGCAUGUCGCUUGUAAAGGGGAGUUCAUGCACCGACAGAGGUACGUAUUAUUCACUAUUUACGCCUGCACUUACUGUUGCUCCGUUCUUCCCUCUUUCCAGUGACUGAGUUGAGUGUCAGAGUGUCAAUGCCAAAGACCCCUUCCCUGGCUCGGCAAUGACGUUUCUUGUGUUGCAGAGCGGAGCGAGAUCUACAUCCAGUCAACGCAGCAGCCACAUCCCCAGUCAGUCAUCUCCGCAGUUUUCGUACAAGAUCAUAUUGGCGUCGUCUGUGGGAACGUAGCAUGCAUCCGAUAAGUAAGAUGGAGGAUGAUGGACGAUUCACCACAGUGACUUUAACAAAGGAGGAGCUGGAUAGGUUGAUACAAUCUCGAGCAACAAAAAUGGUGGAGCAACAACAGCAACAGGCGUUGGCCGAGUGCCAAGUACAUGAGCUCGCGACAUUAGCAGUAGGUCAUCAAACCAGAUAUAGAGACUGAGCAGAGCAUGUAUCCAUUCGGGGACCCCUUCCCUGAGGAUGAAAUCCUCAGAGGGUUACGGGCUCGACUCUACUACGCUGGAGGCAGCUGGGUCGAUGAAUUUCUUAGCAUUUUGUGGCCCAUCGCACCACACCAAGAGAGGUGACCAGCGUCACAUCGUUCCAUCUGGUCUAUGGAGGUGAAGCAGUGGUUCCAGUGGAAGUAGGAGUAGAGUCUGAUCGGGUAUAGCUCUACGACGAUGGGAACGUCGAGUGGAGACUCAUGGAACUCGACCUGGUGGACGAAGCCUGGGAUAAGGCCGCCAUCCGGCUCAUAGUGUAUAGGCGGCUUAUGAGGCAGAACUGCAACUGGAGGGUGAUCCCAAGGUCAUUCUAGGUUGACAACCCUGUGUGGAAAAGAGUGAAAUCGGUCGGCGACGUCACCAAGCUUGAAGCCCCAUGGGGAGGACCCUAUAGAGUCAUUCAGAAGCUCCGCUCGGAGCCUACUACCUACAGGAAGAGGACGGGAGAAGGCUUGAAUGGUCUUGGAGCGCGAACCAUCUCCAACCCUAUAACGCCGAGUGAGAGGUACGUGGUUAAAUCCAGAUAAAAUU